CCUGUAAAAGCGUAGUAGUUAAAAUGGAGUCCUCGUUUUAUGUACCUUCUGUAAGCAUCGAUUUUAAUUAAGGAAAUUCUUGAUAUAAACGAAAGUUUUGGAGAAUUAGUUAAAAGCAAUUUAAGUAAUAUUUUAGUGUGAUGUUUAAAAUUGUGAAGGUUGUUAAAGUAAUAAAAGUGCGGAAGUAGUAAAAUAGUUAGUUGCUUGUCAGAAGUCGAUUCACUCACACCAGAUCAGCGGUGUCCAUGCGAUGGUAUGGUGAGAGAUGAACAGUAGGGAGGCGCUAUGUGCCGCCUAAAGCGAUGGACUCUUACGACUUGUUCGGGGAAGAUGGAGCUGGAAUGUUGGAAGGUUUACCCGAUCUGGGUGGAGACCAUUUCGACCCUGCGGUGACGGGCGCACGUGAUGCUGCUCCAGCUUACGCUCAGCCAACGUACACUCAAGAGAAUCCUCUACAAAAAUUGGCUUCAUUCGGCGGAACGGAUUUCACCCACAUGGAUCCCAACACUCAAAACAUGUACACUCAAGGCUAUGGUACCGAACGGCCGAUGGGACCGCCCGGAGGCCCAUACACCCAUCAAAGACAAAUGGUGAGGCCUCCGGCACCUCAGGCGACGGCAUCAGGGCAGUAUCCGUAUCAACCCGAUAAUAUGUACUCGAUCCCAGAUCACCAGUUAAGUAUGGGAGAUGCUGCCACGAUGCAAGGUUGGGGUCAACACUCCAGUUACCCAAUUCAUCGAUACAGUCAAAUGGGUAGCUAUAGGCAACAACCAAUGGCUUACGGUCAUCAACAGGAACAAAAACAUCAGUUUCCUCCAACGCAGCAUCCCAUUAUGCAACAACCUCACCAAACUACAUACCCCAUGCAACAGAGACAUACACCUCAUUAUCCCCAAAAUACAGCCUAUCCCACAACAGCGGGACAGGCAGCGUACACAGGUUAUAUGCAUCAAAGAAUGCCGCAUCAUCACCAGUACCCUCAAACACAUCAUCAAAUUGAAAUGGGGGUGUCGCAAGCACAACAGUAUAAUCAUAUGGGCCAUAACCAAGCAUUAAGCACUCAUUCGUCUCCCCAUACUGGCCCUUCGCCCGGACAUAUGCCUCAGACACAUCCCACCAAUCAAGGACACGCCCCUCCACCUCAGCAACCUCCCGCACAAAAUCAUCUAACACACCCCAACUCUUUGAGUUAUAGUCAGACGUCUCACCAACCUAUGCAAAGUAUUCAAAGGCCGAUGGAGGUCAGCGCUACACCUCAGCAGUAUCCUUCAAAGCAUCCGACGGGCCCAGGAGGAGUCUUAGGUAGCGGAAGUCCUCAAUACCGAGCCCCGUUUCCACAAUUGUCACCACAAUUGUCAUCUCCUAGACCUCAAAUGUCACCACGGCCGCCUGCGCCACAAAUGUCGCCCAGGCCAGUGAUGUCACCUGCAAAGCCAAAUGUAUCGCCUCAUCCUCAGAUGCAACAGACAACUCUAAGUCCAAGGCCGCCCACAAGUUUAACGCCAAAAUCGACUACGGCUUCGCCAGCACCCAUGUCCACAUACUCUCAGCAAAGUACCUUACAAGCACUGGAGCAAAUGGUAAUGCCAUCUGUCAGCACAAAUAAUACAGAAUACCCUACGUAUCAGCCCAGGAAUACGUUGGGACCUCCACAGUCGACGCAAAAUCCUCUGUCACCUUCAGUUGGGCUUAGAAAUCCUAUAACAGAGCAACAGUGGCCUCCCCCACAACAACAACAACCUCCAUCUCAGCAAGCACGGCCCCUACACAUCUCAAAUAUCAACGGAAGUCUAACCUUACUGGAUCAGAAUCAGGGAAUACCUCCUCCCUCCCAACAAUCGUUACCGCCAUCGUCAAAUGUGCCGCUCCAAAGCCUACAAAGUAGCCAAAGCUUAGAACAGAAUUUUACAUCAGAAGAAUUACGCGGUGAAGUAAAUAAACCCGUCUCUAUUCCCGAAGUGAGCGCUCCGAUGCCUCACGAAACUACAUCCACUACGGGGACAUUAAAUUUGCCUCCAGUAAUUACUCAAAGCGACUACAGUUCUGUACGAUCACCAAUUUCUACGACGAUGGUCGAUAAACCUAGUAGCACUACAAAUAAUGCAGAAGUCUCAACUCCCAGCAGUAUUCACGAUGUACCCAUCUCUCAUCCUCCGACUCCUACACCGUCGUCAACAACCGACGAUAAUGCAGCCAGUAAUCAAGAAUCGAGUCUUCCAGCCAAUGUCGAGUCACUUAAAUCGAUAGAAGAUAGUAGUAAUAGCAGUACCGCAACACAACAACCUACACAGAGUCAAAGCAACGCAACGAAUUUUACCGAUUUUACGAGCGUAUCUAGUAUGACCAGCUAUAACAAAACUCCAUUGCAACCUACAAAAAUUAACAUGGAUGAUUUAAUGCCGUCCAAUAUGCCACUUUACAAUCAAGAGCCGUCGCUAACAUCUCUAUCACGAGACAUUACUCCAACUCCGACGACAACAUCUCAGCCAGCGUCGCUAACACCACUAUCUCAAGUACCUCCCCAAAGUUUGAUGCAAACAAAUCAACCACAACUGCAAAUUUUAAAUCCUGUUCCUCCGCCUGCAAACCAAAUGUUACCUAAUAUGCCACAGAUUUCGUCGGUACAUCAGACACAGCAACCCCCGCCGACUAUUACGAGCAAUCAGAAUAAUCAGAGCAAUUUACCGCCAAUUCAAAAUCAGACGUUGGUACAAUCGCAGCCACCUCCACCGCCUACUCAACAUACUCAAAAUUUGCCACCUCCUCACCCAAACUUGACCAGUUUAACUCCUCAUUCUCAAGCGCAGGGCAUAUUUGAACAAAAUCCGAAUUCGAUAAUGGGAAAUGCAGGUUUGUCGAUAGGCCCACCACCAAGGUCGAUGACGCACAGCAUGCCCAUGAAUAUGCAGGGAAUGCCUAUGGGACUAGGCGCGCCUCCCGUCAUGGUACCCGGAAUUCCUCCCAUGUUAGCAAAUCAAGACAUCGGUUAUCAGCCACCGAUUAGCCAUCAUCAAGAACGUGCAGCUUUGCAACAACAAUUACAAGAACUUUAUUGUAUGCCGCCCGCUCCAGAAAAUCAGGACAAAAUUUCUCAUUUACAAGAGAGGUUGAAUAUACUCGCCCAACAUGAAGCCAACGAUCAGUGCAACGGGGGUCCACAGUGUGUUCUACAAAGUCCUUUAUUUACGUCACCGAUGAUCGAUAGCCCUCAGGUUUCUAGUACGACCGGGCGAGGACGCGGAAAGGGCGGCCCGAGAGCAAAGAAACCUCGUCAGAAGAAGAACGAAAAGGACGCGAUCAUGCAAAUACCUCAGUCAGGUAUGGCGUCCCCGAUGGGAAUGAUGAUGCCCCAACAACCUUUGCCAGUGUCUGAAGAUUGCGUCACGCCGGGUGCCGGAUUGAACAUUCAUUCUGGUGAGCUAACCGAAAUUGGAAUGGACCCCAUGUCCGGAGAGAUGGAUUUGGAUAAACAGAAGAAGGGUAGGGGCUCGAGAAAGCCCAGAGAACCAAAGAAACCGAAAGAACCUAAAUUACCAAAGGAACCAAAAAUUCCGAAAGAAAGAAAAAAACGCGAACCAAAGGAGCCUAAGGAACAGCGAGUCAAACGUAAAUAUGUCAGAAAAAAGAAGUUUGACGGAGAUGACAUUAUUACGGAUGAUUUGUUUAAUAAAUCGACCGAAAGUGGAGAAGAACACCUCGGCGACAUAUCGCAGACAUCGCAGUCCUUGUUAAUGGAAGAUUUUAGCAUGUCCGAACCGGGAGAAAUAUUGCCCGAAUCGACGAGGGAACCGGAACAAGUUCAAGCCGAUUCUCAAACUACUGCCGACGGAAUUGCGGAGGUAUUGAGCGAACCUGAAACUAAAAAAGACGAAUACACAUUCGAAGAUCAGUCCAACUCCAACGAAGAAAUAGAGAAAAUGAUUCGAAAGACUCCUAAACGUGUCAAACCGCCGCCGAUACCUAAAAAAGUUGUGUCCACAAAAGCACGGACUUCUAGAACGGUUGGGAUAAGUAAAGGCAAAAAACGUAAAAGUGUGUUGGCCGAAUCUGACGGCGAAGGCGAAGAUUUAAUUUCCACACCGCCUCCAUCACCUCCCGAAGAUGCAGACAAUACGACUCAAAAAAGACGAUCCGCCAGGAAUACCCAAAGGAAGAAAUACGUAGACGACGUAAUGUUGCGAUUUUCAGACGACGAUUCCCCCGCCGCCCCAUCCAAAACCAAAAAGACGGUCGCUCCCGCCCCACCAGUUAUUGCUCCCUCGCAGCCUAGUAUUAUGGAAAUUUUAGAAGAGCCGACUCUUGUAAACGAUGCCGCCGGAAAUAAGCCAAAUUUCGUCUACGUAAAUACCACCGAGGAUGACGCAAUGGUGGUGCAAUAUGUUUUAUCGUCGAGAAUGAGUAAACGCGAGAAACUUAUGGAGGUCAAUAAAGACGAUCCUGCACCAAAACCAACCGCAGACGAUGAAGCCGAAAAGCACACCGAACCUAGUCAAACAGCGGAAGAGACUGAAGAUAAAAUUGACGUUACGGAAACUCCUGCUGAACUCACCGAAGAAGCCAAAAGCGAAGGUGCACCCGAAAAGAAAUUUGAAAUGAUGGUCGUAGAUGUGGAAGAAUAUUACGUCAAGUACAGAAAUUUUUCGUAUUUGCAUUGCGAGUGGCGAACCGAGGAGGAGUUAUACAAAGGGGAUAAAAGAAUCGCGAAUAAGAUCAAACGUUUUAAACAAAAACAACAGCAACAAUUGAAUAUUUUCGAGUAUUUAGACGACGAGCCCUUUAAUCCCGAUUAUCUCGAAGUGGAUCGAGUUCUAGAUGUGGCCGAACAUACCGAUCCAAAUACGCAGGAGACGAUUAAACAUUAUUUGGUUAAAUGGAGGUCGCUUCAAUACGAGGAUAGUACGUGGGAAUUGGAGGAAGACGUCGAUCCUUUAAAAAUACAACAAUUUUUAUUGUUUAGAGCGAUUCCGCCUAAGGAUAGGUGGAAACCGAAGAGACGCCAACAUCCCGAUUUGUGGUUAAAAUUGGAACAGUCGCCUAUCUAUAAAGGUGGAAACAUUUUACGCGAAUAUCAGCUCGAAGGUCUUAAUUGGUUGUUGUUUUCGUGGCAUAACGGCAGAAAUUGUAUUCUGGCGGAUGAGAUGGGCUUGGGUAAAACAAUUCAGAGUUUGACUUUUAUUCAUGCCGUCCACGAGUUUGGCAUUCGAGGCCCAUUUUUGAUCAUCGCCCCACUCUCGACCAUACCUAACUGGCAGCGCGAAAUCGAAGCGUGGACCGAGUUAAACGUAAUUGUUUAUCACGGAUCGUCUGCCAGUAGAAAUAUGUUGCAGGAAUACGAAUAUUUCUAUAAAAACGAAAAGGGACAGCCCAUUAAAGAAAUAACAAAAUUUAAUAUUUUGAUCACCACUUUUGAGAUCAUCGUUACCGACUUUGCCGAUUUGAAAGGAUUUAAUUGGCGUGUUUGUAUCAUCGACGAGGCGCAUCGUCUAAAGAAUAGAAACUGCAAAUUAUUAGAGGGUUUACGACAAUUAAAUUUGGAGCAUCGUGUUCUUCUAUCCGGAACGCCUUUGCAGAACAACGUUAACGAGUUAUUUUCUUUGCUAAACUUCUUAGAACCGACGCAGUUUGCUAAUUCUGAGCAAUUCUUGCAAGAAUUUGGUGCUCUGAAAUCGGAACAAGAGGUACAAAAAUUGCAAUGCAUUUUGAAACCGAUGAUGCUUCGUAGAUUGAAAGAAGACGUAGAAAAGUCGUUGGCGCCAAAAGAAGAAACGGUGGUGGAAGUGGAGUUGACCAAUAUUCAAAAAAAAUAUUAUCGCGGUAUUUUAGAAAGGAAUUUCUCAUUUUUACAAAAAGGUACAACUCAAGCGAAUAUUCCGAAUUUAAUGAAUACGAUGAUGGAGCUUAGAAAGUGUUGCAUACAUCCCUACCUUUUAAAUGGAGCGGAAGAUCAAAUUCAGUACGAUUUUAAAAUGCAGCACGGAGAGGAUGUCGAUGCGUAUUAUAAAGCGUUGAUCAAUUCUAGCGGUAAAAUGGUACUUAUAGACAAACUAUUACCCAAAUUACGCGCAAACGGUCAUCGAGUAUUAAUAUUUAGCCAAAUGGUACGUUGUCUGGACAUACUGGAAGAUUAUCUCAUGUAUAGAAAGUAUCCCUUCGAGAGAAUAGAUGGAAGAAUUCGUGGAAAUUUACGUCAGGCGGCCAUCGAUCGAUUCUCCAGACCUGAUUCGGAUAGGUUUAUAUUUUUAUUGUGCACGAAAGCCGGAGGGCUAGGUAUAAAUUUAACGGCGGCCGAUACGGUCAUCAUAUACGAUAGUGACUGGAAUCCGCAGAACGAUUUGCAAGCACAAGCACGAUGCCAUAGAAUCGGUCAGCAAAAAAUGGUUAAAAUUUAUCGAUUAUUGUGUCGCAAUACUUACGAAAGGGAGAUGUUCGAUAAGGCUUCUUUAAAGUUGGGUUUAGAUAAGGCGGUGCUGCAAAGUAUGAACACGUCUCAAGGCGGUAAGGAAUCGGGAAACCGUCAACUUUCCAAAAAAGAAAUCGAAGAUCUAUUGAAAAAGGGAGCGUACGGGGCGUUGCUCGAUGAGGAGGACGGUGAUAAAUUUUGCGAGGAGGACAUCGACAUGAUAUUGGCGCGAAGAACUCAAGUUAUAACGAUGGAGUCGGAGAAAGGUUCUACAUUUUCUAAGGCCAGUUUUGCUUCCAGUGCAAAUAGAUCGGAUAUCAAUAUCGACGAUCCAGAUUUUUGGAAUAAAUGGGCGAAGAGAGCCGACAUUGAUACGACCGAAAAAGACGAAACUGAAGAUUUGGUAUUGUCGGAGCCACGAAGACGCACCCAAAUUAAGCGGUACGGGCAUGAUGAAAGCGCGAUCGAUAUGUCAGAGUUGGAAAGUUCUACCGAUUCGGACGGCGAAAACGAAGGUCUAACAUUGGGUAUGCGUAGUCGACGUAGCAAAAAAUUAAAAAAGAAGUUGAGAAGCGAUGAUUAUAUGCCCAGAGAAGGGGAGAGGGGUGAUAUUGUAUAUGGCAGUUGGGCUCGUCGCGAAUGCUUUAUGGUCGAGAGAGGGCUUCUCACUUUCGGAUGGGGAAGAUGGCGAGAAAUAUUGGACCAUUCUCAGUUAAGAAAAGGGUGGAAGGAGUCCGAUAUUGAGGAUUGCGCCAGAGUUAUUUUACUUUAUUGUCUCCGCUUUUAUCGAGGGGAUGAAAAAAUUCGGAGCUUUAUCUGGGAUUUAAUCACUCCGUGUGAGUACGGGGAAGGAAUGAAAAUCACUAGGAAUCAUCACGGGUUAAAGGAUCCAGUACCUAGAGGUAUCCGAAAUAAAAAUAAGAAGAAAAGCAGAGAUUCUCGGCACGCUGCUCUUACAGAUCCCAAUCACUGGAGUAAAAAUGAGAAAUAUGAUGGCGACAUCUUCUUAGAAAGCAACUACAAGAAACAUCUGGGUCGACAUGCCAACAAGGUACUUCUACGUGUUCGCAUGUUAUAUUACAUAAAACACGAAAUAAUCGGCGAUUUGGUUCAACAUAUAGCGGACGGAGUACAUGCUAGUGCCCUGCCGGUAAAUCCUCCGAUAACGGAACAAUUGCCUUGUGAGUGGUGGGAUUCAGAAUGCGACAAGUCUCUGCUAGUGGGCACUUGGAAGCACGGCUAUGAAAAUUAUACGGAGAUGCGUGCAGACCCCACCCUAUGUUUCCUGUCCCGCUGUGGCCCGCCCUCUGCUCGAGAGCUCCAGCUGGCUUCUAACACGCAACCCCCCACACCUGCACUUAAUGACGAUGAUCUGGACGAUGAAGAUACGAACGAAGAAUUCAGUUUAAAAUCGAGAUUUCGCGAUCUCUCUGAGCUUAAUUCUGAAAUUGCGGAACCUUCUCCGGGACCGUCGGGUUCGUCUGAAACUCAACCGUCGGGAGAUCCGGAUGAUCGGCUGUACGAUGAUUUGGACGAUAAACAAAUGUGGCCAUCGGCAACCGAUCUCAAUACUCGACUGAGGCGUGUUAUAACUUCGUAUCAAAGAAGUUAUCGUAAGGAGGAACAACAAAAAUUAGCAAAAAUAAAGCCUGCGAGUGUAGAGAGUGCCCUGUCCUCCCCCUUGGCUGCAUUGGCGCAGGUGUCGCAACAGCUAGAUGCGCGUGAUGCCGCCUCUCUUGCCAUGCCUGGAUGGGACCUACAACAGCUAGCCCUCUAUCUCUUGAAGAUGGAACGACAAGGAAAACAUUUGGAGCAAGCCGUAAGAGAAAAAGAAAGGCAUAGUAUCGCCAGGAAGUGGACUCGACGAGAGGAGGCGGAUUUCUUUCGUGUCGUUUCUUCAUACGGUGUUAAUUAUUUUCGGAAAAAGAAAGCCUAUGAUUGGAUCAAGUUUAAGCAGUUAGCAAAGCUAGAUAAAAAAUCGGACGACGAAAUUACCGACUAUUAUAAGAAUUUUGUGGUCAUGUGUAAAAGACAAACAGGUGUUAAAUUAGACGACGAUAGCUAUGAUACUACUAUAGAACAUAUUAGUGAAGAAAAGGCAAGACGGACAUUGGAAAGAUUGGAAUUGUUAUCGAGAAUACGUGAAGAAAUUGUUACGCAUCCCAAGUUGGACGAUCGACUGAAAGUGUGUGCCACAUCUGCAGAUAUGCCUGAAUGGUGGCUUCCGGGGAAGCACGAUAAGGAUCUUCUGUUAGGUGUUGCAAAGCAUGGUUUGGGUCGUACAGACUAUUACAUAUUGAACGAUCCCGAAUUAUCAUUUCAAGAGAUCUUACGAAAAAAAGUUAGUUGUACGACAUCAGAGUCACUCGACAGUAAAGAUGCAAUAAAACUGGAAAGUCAUGAGGAUAUUUUAAAAUUUGAUAAAAAUGAAAUUUUGGUGAAGUUAGAAAAGGGAGAAGGUACUCUUAAGAUAGAAAAGGUCAACAUAAAAAAGGAGAAUCUCGAUGAUAAAGAUAAGGAAAAGAAAAAGGAAGAUAGUACAAAAAUUGAAUUGACUUUAGUUAAAAGUGAAAGUAAGGAAGAAAGUGAAGUAGUGGAAAAACAAGAGACUACAAAAACUGAAACUGAAGGCGCCAGCGAUCAACCUUCCGCUUCUGUUGAGAUAUCAGAACUCCAGCCUUCAAAAGUGCAAGAAAGUGAAGCGAAUGAGAUAAAUGAGAAAGAAGAACAGGCGGAUGAGACAAAAAAAAAAGAUACAGACAAUGUGACAGAUAAACCUAAUAAAAAAGAAUUGGAAGAUGAAACCGAUAUUUGUGCAAAACAAGCAGCCGAACUUAAAGCGAUGUUCCCUGAUUUAGAGGUUAUUCAACCUCUGUCUCGUUUGUCACAAGUUGACACCUUUGUAUUGAGGGAUAAACAAGGGACGGGUGCUCUCGAUUUUAGUGAGACAACAGUUGCGCAGUUAUUUAAUAAUGCUGUAAAAUGGCCUAGGGAAUAUGCUAUACAAGUUCGGUUGCAGCAUAUAGUUUAUGCUAUCGAAACGAAAGAAUGGCCGGCUUCAAAAAGCUUUUCUGCGUAUGCCAACGGAAUUGGUGGCGAAUUUGAUAUUCCAAUUCACGAAAUUCCAAACGAUCCCCCUAAGCGUGAAACUUCUACUCCUUUAUCGUUAGGAGAUUCUGAAAUCAUUACCAUAACCACUGACAAUUUGCAUCGAAAUAGUCUUCACAAGAAACGUAAGCGCCACAUUGCGAUUGAUGUGGAAACGGAGCGGGCAAAAUUACACGCUUUACUGAAUAGCAGCCACGGAAUGUUACCAAAUCCAUUGCCUAAACCCAACACAUCUUGGGAUAAUGACGAUUCAGAAGAUUCUAGGAGAUCAACGCCAGUCACGCAGUCCCUUCAACCACCACCCGCUCAUCAACAAACUGGUAGAUUACUAACGAUGCCGUACGAGCUGAAAUAUCAUGCUCCUAAAACUAUCGGUCAAACAUCUGUCAUACCAGGUACAAGCAGUACAUUGACACCAAUCGAUUUGAGCUCGGGGUUGCCUAAAAUGAACAAUCUCGACAUCCCAAAAGUGUCAAGUCACGACAUACAAAAUGAAGUGCAAGAUUUCUCUUUAAAGAAGCAUUCAAAUGCUUCACAUAAAAUGUCCGGAAAUAAACUGGACGAUACUCUUUCAAAACUAAUGAAACGUAAAAAUUGUCCGAUCGAGGAACCUGUUGUUGGAAAAGAAAAAAAACGCAGAAAAUUAGACGAAAUUGUACUGGGUUUGUCAGCUGCGAAAGAGCAAAUGUUGUAUCCGGAAACGACAAAGAAAUCUACAGUUGCUCCAAGCGUAACCGUUACCCCUACCUCUGCGCCAUUAACAUCUUCUCAUCAUCAGAAACCUUUUACCAUUACAGUUACUUCGAUACCUUCCCCUGCGCCACCGCCUCGUAGCUGUGCCACUCCAAACCUAAAAUCUCCAAUGCCUGGCAAGGACAGUUUUUCUAACUUCUUAGUUCAGGCUGAACAGCAAAAUUUGCUGUUGAAAAAGCAGCAACAGCAGCAAAAGAGUUACGAAGCUAUGAUUGCGGAUAUUAACAAAGUAGCCGAUUUUAGUUCAAAAGUGAACUCAUACUCUCACGAAGCGAAGGUAAAUAAGUGGUUAGCUGAACAAAAUGCCGCUUUAGCGGAGCAGCCUUUAAAUGCAGAUUAUUUAACACCUAGAAGGCGUAGACCACGCGUCGAUCCGUCUUUGUUGGAUUGGAAGAAAUUAACUGGAAACGAAAAUGUGUCUGUAAUUCAUAGAGUAACAAACAAAAAAUUGACAGGACCGAAGGCUCCGACUUUAAAACGCUUAGGACAGUGGUUAAUGGAAAAUCCCAUGUAUGAUAUUGAUCCUAAAUGGGCGGAAUUGGUUAAGGAACGUGGAAAUUUAGGUCACGAUAUGCAAAAACGCUUCAGCAAUUCGUCGGUAAAGAAAUCUACACCUGGCAGGCCACCUCUAUUGUCUAGUCCUACUGGGUCAACUUCGAGCGUUAGUUCCGCAAAUAUGAGCACUUCGUUGGCGUCCAGUUUACCUUUUCCGUCUUUAGCGGGUUCAAGUCUGUCCGGUCUCAACUCUAGUUUAUUAUCCGGUCUAUCGGGCUUGGGACAGUUUGACUCUAAAAAUAUGCUCUUUGAUCCUAAAAAUCCAUUAUUUGAUCCCAAGAACCCACUUUUUGAUCCCAAGAACAAUCCUUUAUUUGAUCCGAAAAAUCCGCUUUUAAUGCCUUUUGCGGGCGGGAUGCCGAAUAUGAACGCGCUAAACUCAAUGGCAGGUUUAGGCAACUUAGGUAAUAUGAAUUUAUUUGCAAAUUUGGCCGGACUGGGUUUGCCGGGAAUGGGAAUGGAUCCCGUGCCGGUGACACCCGAAUCUGCAAAACCUAAAACAAGUACGGCAAGUACAACUGGUGGCGGGACGGAAAGUAAAAGUGGGAAAUCACAGAAACCUAUUGACGUCCAUAGUGGAAACAAGUCGGCCGUAUCUUCUUCGCCGGCAACAUCUCUACCGUCUUCGACUCCUUUUCCUUUCUUUUUCCCAAAUCCUAGUCUUUUGUACACCCCUCUCGGGUUGGGUGGCUUGAAUCCAUUCGCAUUGCAGCCCGGAAUGUCCGCAUAUGAUACUUUAGCGCAGCAAUGUAACUUGUUGAAUGGAAAUCUCAAUCCUGCUGCUUCUCCUAAUUCUACAAAAUCUACAAAGGCGAGUCGGUCUCCUUCUGUCACCUCCACCAGCACGACUGCGACGCAAUCGAAAUCGCCCAGACCUAAUCGUGAUUCUCACUUACAAAACUUAAUAUUACCACCCGACACGCAACUACUGGAGAGCCUUUCUAAAGUUUCCGGUACUUUGGACACGUCUAAUGUAAAACAUAAGGCAGACCGAAAAGAUGAAAAAAACAAGACCUCGGAUAGCAUGCGAGGCAUGUUGCCUUCGGAUUAUAGCGGUGUGGAUAAGUUUAGGGGUAUUAAAGAUCUUCCGAACUUUGCCGACUUUAAUAAGUUACUCGAAGCCACUCAAGCUCAAAUUCCGACGCAGAAAAAAAUGCGCGAACAAGAAAUAAAAGAGGCAUUUGAUAAAUUGACAAAGGGAAAUCCGGAUGUAUUGACGCGAACGGUGCCUGAUGAACAGCGUGCCACUCCCACUCCCAAAAGACAACGCGAUCCAAAUCCAACCGAAGUUUCUGACAGUACGAUUGUGGAAGACGCAAACGAGUGUAAAAGAUUUAAGGAAUCCGAUGCCACUUCUACUCAUCCUACACCAGUGGCGUGCGUCACUUCAACAGAAGUAGAUAUUGAAACUUUAUUGCCUCCUAGCACGGUCGUUAAAAGUAGCAAUCCGACUUUACCUGCGGAAAACGACAACAAGCAAUCGGUACCCACACCACCUCCACCCUUGCCUCAGCACACCUCUCCGGAACCGGAAACUCAAGAAAUUGCACCUGUUGAACCUGUUACUCAGUCCGAGCCGAUGUCGACGGUGGAACCAACUCCAAAGAAAAAUGCAAAAAGAACACGAGGUAAACGUAGAUCCGGUGAUGUUCCAUUGGAUCCAGAGACAGUUAUCGAGAGGAAAAAUUUGAGGUCGAGCGCUAGCCGAUCAGCCGCCGUAGCUGCAGCUAAACAGGCUGCGGCAAAACAGUUAGAAGCCGAGAAUGCACUUAAAAAUCACGACGGUUGAACUUUUAUACUGAAAGUGGAAUUUGGUGAACUGUGAUACUUGAGGAUUCCUCAAUAAAACACUUUUCUAGUGCUUAUUGUAUAAGGUAUUUUAAAGUGAGUAUUGCUUAAGUCAUUCUCGCAAUGAACUGACCUACUGCUGCGCUUGUAUUCCCAUUUUAGCGAGUAACGAUGAACUUUGUUUAAGAAUCAUCAUAUGUAGUUUUAAUUGAUUGGACAAAUUGUAAUCAAUUGUACUUUAGCUAAACAAAAUGUAGUUAAAUUACGUAAAAAUUUGGUAAUGGUUCGCAUUUAAUCUUUUUUUUAAAUCGCCACUUUUACUAUGUUUUAUAUAUUUUUUCAUUUUUAUUUGAUUAUCUGAAAUCAUUACCAUAAUUUCGACAAUAUUUGAUAUCAUUUUUUGCAGUUUGGACUUUGUAUAUAUUUACAUAAAGUAAUGGUGAGUGAAUAUGGGGAACAGUGGAGAGGUGUGAAAUUGUAAAUAUUUAACAUAUUUUCUUUUUAUUUAAAUUGUGUACGUUAAAUAGUGGUAUUAAGUCUGACGAAUAUUUAUUUUAAGGUUUUGAUUGUGUCUCGUUUACGUAUUUAUUCAAACUUGCAUUUAAGGCAAUGUCGUUUUAUCGCCACUUUUAGAUCUGUUGUCAACAUAUACGGCAUGUAUUCACGUAUUAUAAUAUAGCAUGGUAGCUCUCUCAUUUUAUUGUUAUAAUGUUCAUAUAGAGUAAUAAAUAUUACAAAUGCA